AUCACAAAUUGUGACUGCUUAAAAAUUCGAAGAGCCCAGGAGAGGUCAGAAUCCCACACUUAACCCUUUUCCCCUCUCCAUUCCCGCGCCCCCAAAACCCAAGGGAGCUCCCUUGUUGCAGCACCAAAUUUGCAGGCGCUUGAGCCGCCGUGACAAGGACGCUGCUGCCUAUCAUCAACAGCUCUCCCUUGGUUCUCAUAGAUGACUUCUUCCGGGGAAGAGUCCUUGUCCGAUACUUUUGGAUUUAUGGAACUUGCCAUACAGCAGGCGAAGCUUGCAUUGAACAGCCUUGAAGUGCCUGUUGGUUGUGUUAUUGUUGAGGAUGGGAAGGUGAUUGCCUCGGGAAGGAAUCGGACAACGGAAACACGAAAUGCAACCAGACAUGCAGAGAUGGAAGCUAUUGAUAUUCUUCUUGAGCAGUGGAAAAAAAAUGGAUUUAUGGAGUCAGAAGUUGCUAAUAAGUUUUCAAAAUGUAAGCUUUAUGUGACAUGUGAACCAUGUAUAAUGUGUGCAGCAGCCCUAUCUAUUCUUGGUAUAAAGGAAGUAUAUUAUGGCUGUGCAAAUGAUAAAUUUGGCGGAUGUGGUUCAAUAUUGUCAUUGCAUUCAAGUAAUCCUGAGCCAGCCAUGAGCGCUGGAGUACCACAACAGAAAGGUUUCAAAUGUACUGGAGGAAUCAUGGCAUCAGAAGCUGUCUUUCUGUUUCGAAAUUUUUAUGAGCAAGGGAACCCCAAUGCUCCAAAGCCCCACAGACCACUGGUUCAGCAGGUAUCAAAUUAAAUAUGCAUGCGCGCACAUCUUUCAGGACAUUUGCCAAAAAUUCAAUCUGCAAUAACUUCCUCACAAUUACCAUAUAUGGGUAGAGACCAACAAACACAGGAAAUGGCUUUGGAAAUUCAUGAGCGUACGAGGUCACUUUUGGAUAAAGAGCAUUGUUUCAAAAUGUGGUCUUGCCCACAACGGUAGUAAACUAUUGUUAUUUUGGUACAAAGUCUUGAACCCAAGGGGGAAUGUCGUUCUCUCAUUCUCACUCCUCUUCCUCUGAAGUACUUGUACCAGGCUGUCCAGUUCUGAUUGAUGAUAGCUACUGAUUAUCACGAGCAAAGGUGGCUCUCAAAAAACUGUGCAGGUUGAAGGAAAAUCCUUCAAUCUGAGUUUGAGACUAGGGAAGGAUGGUUUUGUUUCUUUGUCUGGGAGAAAGCUAGUUUGUAAUCAAUGGAUUAGGAUUUCUUUGGCUACAGUUUGAUGGUACACAGGUGGCUAGUCUGCAAAUUUUCAUGAAGAUAGCAAAUAUGUAUUUUUGGCCUACUGAAAAAUUUGAAGGUAUAUUAUAGUUUGCAUUAUGGUGCAAUAAGCAUCACUUGUUCCUGCUUUACCCUUGCCUUAUAAGCAGUUUUUACUGCAGGUUGCUGGGUAGGUAGCGUCAAAUGUUAAUGCUAGUAUAUCUAGGUUGAAUUCAGCGAUCUGUUUGAAGGAUGGUGAACAGGCAGACUAAAGGAUGCAAAAAGAGGCUGAAAUAAUUAAACUUAUUGAAGAAUAUCGGAUCUUUAGGGACUGGAUGUGCUGCUGAUAAAUCUGGAUUUUUACAUUUUUGUUUUUUCAUUAUGACUUCAAAAAGUUGACUAAAAUCUACUAUAGUAUUGAAGUUCAAUGUGUUUUUAUAUGUUUUCUGUUAAAUGAAAUUUCUUUUCUAGAA